CCGAACCCCGCGCGCCAGAAGCUCGCGGAGAGGGAGGAGAAAGCUCAGUUCCGGAGCCCUUCUGAGUCCGGCCCAACCUUUGCUCUCGAGAUCAUGGCUGCCGAGGAUGUGGCGGCGACUGGCGCCGACCCGAGCGAGCUGGAGGGCGGCGGGCUGCUGCACGAGAUCUUCACAUCGCCGCUCAACCUGCUGCUGCUCGGCCUCUGUAUCUUCCUGCUCUACAAGAUCGUGCGCGGGGACCAGCCGGCGGCCGGCGGCGACGACGACGACGAGCCGCCCUCGCUGCCCCGCCUUAAGCGGCGCGACUUUACCCCCGCGGAGCUGAGGCGCUUCGACGGCGUCCAGGACCCGCGCAUACUCAUGGCGAUCAACGGCAAGGUGUUCGACGUGACGAAAGGCCGCAAGUUCUACGGGCCGGAGGGACCUUACGGGGUCUUUGCCGGAAGAGAUGCAUCCAGGGGCCUUGCUACAUUCUGCCUGGAUAAAGAAGCCCUGAAGGAUGAGUAUGACGACCUUUCCGACCUCACUGCUGCCCAGCAGGAGACCCUGAGUGACUGGGACUCUCAGUUCACUUUCAAGUAUCAUCACGUGGGCAAACUGCUGAAGGAGGGGGAGGAGCCCACCGUGUACUCAGAUGAUGAAGAACCAAAAGAUGAGAAUGCUCGGAAAAAUGAUUAAAGCAUUCAGUGGAAGCAUAUCUAUUUUUGUAUUUUGCAGAAUCAUUUGUAACAUUCCAGUCUGUCUUUAAAACAUGGUGAUUUCAAUAUUUAGAAAAGUUUUGAACUUGCUGUAAAGUUUUUAAUUAACAUCACUAGUGACACUGAUAAAAUUAACUUCUCUUAGAAUGCAUGAUGUUUGUCACAAGUCCAGAGAGUAAGCACAGUGAUGUAAUAGGAUUGUUACUGCUGUCUAAAUUCUUUUUUCCUGAGAAACAAAUAGGACUUCGGUAUUUCCCCCAGACAGGUUAAAAAAAUAAAAAGGUUCAAUGCACAGAGUCCUUCAAACACUAAGAACAAAGGAUUAAUAUUUCCUCACAAUAGUCUCUAAAGACAGCAAAUCCCUUAUUUCUCAAUUGACUUCACUGCAUGAUUUCUGUUUUAUCUACCUCUAAAGCAAAUCUGCAGUGUUCCAAAGGCUUUGGUAUUGAUUUGCAGGAGCGCGGCCCAAUAACUAGAUCUGAAAGAUGGCUCAGUUGAAGAAACCUAUUGACUGUUUCUUUCUAGACCACUGCAAUGUCCUUGUCUUCCUCUGGACACUCCAACGCCCUCACUAACGUAAUCUUCAGUGAGGAUUUAGACAUGAUUGCAACACUCAAAAAAAAGCUUAGGAAAAAAUUGCUUGCUUGCCUAAAAAUCUAAAUAAUAUAUGAAGAUGAUAGGACUGUCUGAUAGUGUCUUCUGACACUUCACAUUCAUGGUGGGACAGUGGUUAUUUGACAUGAGAGGAACACCUGCGACAGGUGUUUGCUCCAAGGGCCUUCAUACACCCGGAAGAGAGACUACACAUAACUAGUGUGGUUUUAAAAGUAUAUUCACAAGGUGACAGUCACUGUUACUACAAAACUGUAAGGCACCCCAAGAGUAGUCAAGUAUCCCAGUCUAUCGAUAUUGGUCUUUUGGUUAACAAUAAACAUAGUUAAGUAGACUGUACAGUUGUAUGAAGUUGUAAAGGUAUUAUAUGAAUAGUGAGGGUUCAAACUCUUGUAAUUGUAGUUAAAUAGUUGUAUUUUCUUGUGAACCGUGUUUAAUGGUUUUACCUCAAAUCAAAACACAAUGAAGUGCUUUGGUGAGUUAAUAAAAUGGUUGGCCCCAGCA